AUGUCAAUGAAGUUUGAUGUGGCUGAUUGUAUAUUUCCAGAACCAUACCAAACUUUUAAACUUUGGCCAGAUUGCGUUAUUGUUCACGGUCGACCUAGACACCCGCAGAGCCAGAGAAGUAUUGAGAGAAGCAACCAGGACAUAGAAAAUAUGUUAAGAGCUUGGAUGAAAGAUAAUAAAACAAAGAAAUGGUCAAUUGGACUACAAUUUGUUCAAUUUCAAAAAAAUAGUUCUCAUCAUCGUGUGAUUGGUAGGUCACCGUAUAAGGCUUUAUUUGGGAAUGAUCCAAAAGUUGGAUUAGCAACAUCCAGUUUACCAAUAGAAAUUUUACAAAAAUUGGUAACGGAAGAAGACUUAGAAGAAGUCUACAAAGAAGAUAUUUAA